AUCUGGAUCAACACCACACGUUGUCUCACAGACUCUCCGGAGCGCACACCACCCACUAUGGAUCGGAUACUGCGCCUUCUCACAUUGCUGGUCGCCAUCAUCGCGCCCCUCACCGCUGCCCUCAAAUUCGACCUCCACCCUGUCUCGCCGCACGACGCUGCGAAGUACGAGCGAUGCAUCCGUAACUUUGUCGCAAAGGACCAGCUCGUGCUCGUCACAGCGAUCCUGGACGGACACAGGGGUGAUGGGCAGAAGGUCGACAUGCAUAUCCGCGAUGCCAUGGGCAACGACUACCACCGCCCCAAGGACGUCGUCGGCGAGAACCGCUACGCCUUCACCUCGCACGCCGACUCCGCCUUUGAUGUCUGCUUCGAAAAUGUCUACUCCGGCGCACAAACAGGCACCGGUCCGCGCCACGUCGAGCUGGACAUUGACAUUGGCGCCGACGCCAAGGACUGGAGCGCUAUCCAGGCUGGCGAGAAGCUGAAGCCUGUUGAGGCUGAGUUGAGGAGAAUUGAAGAGGUUGUAGGCGAGAUUGUCACCGAGAUGGACUAUCUGCGGGCUCGCGAGCAGAAGUUGAGAGACACGAACGAGAGCACAAACGAGCGCGUUAAGUGGUUCGCGUUUGGUACAAUGGGCAUGUUGGUUGGUUUGGGCGCGUGGCAGGUCGUCUACCUGAGGGCGUACUUCAGGAGCAAGCACCUCAUCUAGGCGGACAGAGUGGGAAAUUGGGGAAGAACAGGGACGAAGAGCGGUCGCAUGGGUCUUGAGGACGACAACAAAGCAUUGUACGAACAGCAUGAGUUUAGCGGUCGAUUGUGGCAGCCUACACGAGCUUUGGCUCACAGGCUCCAAGGAUGGCGUUGCCGGGGCAUAUCCAGAUGAACCUUUCCCAGAAGUCAAAUCCUC